AUGACGAUGAUCUCCCUCACUGGUUUCACCGCGCUAUCUGCCGGCCUCCUGCUCAUCUUCUCCUCCUUGGUGCUGCAAGCUCAAGGAGGAGCCGGCGGCGGCGAGGAGUCGUACGUGCCGGUGCGGAGAGUGGUGUACCGGUCCAUAUCACCGGCGGCGAUGACAGAAGCAGCGGCGCCGUACGAACCGUUCGAGGUGUGCCGGAGGUGCCGGUGCUGCUUGUCGCCGUCCAACGCGAGCAGCUGCGUGGACACGAGCUGCUGCUACGCCAUCAACUGCAACCUCCCUGGCAAGCCCUUCGGUACCUGCGCCUUCCUUCCGAAGACCUGCGGCUGCGGCGCCGCCAACAACUGCUCCCAGCCGGCGUCCUGA